CACGAGAUAUUUGCGAAAAAUACACAGCAACGUGUGGCUUCGCCAAAAUGUCCAUCGCAGGGCACGAGCGUCGGUCGCGGGGCUCGGGAGUUGUGGGCGGCGAGCAGCAGGACGACCAGGGGCUGCGAGCGGCAGAUCUCAGCGUUUCUGCUCUGUUCCUCUGCACCUCCACUCCCUCCUGCAUAUACGAACUCCUCACUUGUUUCAAAGUCGCAGGAGUAAAAUGACAGAGCUAAAAAGAAAAAACAAGGAUCAAAACCACGAGAUUUUGCUACAAAACGGGGCAUGAAUUCUUAAGCCCCAAAUGUUAAAUCCAUACCCAUCUUUAGUAUGUUCGGUAACACGACCGAGAUUCCCUUCGUUUCUUUCAACUUUGUCUAGAGUGAUACUAGCUAAGAUGCGGCUGCAGGAAGCUGCCCCCCUUUCCUCAGCUUUUUUUUUUAGCUAGCGAAACACUGAUCCCAUCAAAAUUGGCAGCAAGGUGUGUCUGGCUGCCUCUUUCCCCUUCCGACAUGACAUGAUGCAUCGUGUCAUUCACUUUCCAACUUUUGCUUUGCUAUUCUUAUAUUUUGUUUUGUUUUGUUUCGUUGCUUCGUUGGUGGUCUGUAUACUAUGCAGUGCAGUUGUCAAAGUAGUGCUAACGCGCGUGCAGCGUGAUGGCUGCGUCUCCUGUGGGGAGUUGAUUAUAUAUUUUUCUUUGUUUGUUGAGGGGACUGGGCGUGUGUGUCCAGAAUUCUGACUUUUCUUCUUCCCUUGCCUGUUCGUCGCGCAUUAACCUGCCUCUAGCUAGCAGGUUCCUGUAUUGGCUGUUUCUCUCUCUCUCUCUCCACAAAACCACGAGAUGUUUGUUAAUCGGGGCCGGAGGUACAAGGUCUAAGUUCUAGUCUAUGGUUUAAUUGUGACUUUACCUUUACUUUUUAAAACCUUGUGAUUUUAUCUCCAUUAUAUUAUUUUAAAACGAAAAACGGUUCUUUGCACCUAAUCUGCGCUGACGUUGUAAGACGAAAAAAAAUAGAAAAAGAUAAAAAAAAUCCCGGUCAUGCGCAAAGACCGAAUUACCCCGAUCUUAUCUCUCUGUUCUCCUCCUCCGGCCCUUCCCCAUACACGAGAUAUUUCCGAAAAAUACACAGCAACGUGUGGCUACGCCAAAAUGUCCAUCGCAGGGCACGAGCGUUAGGAGCGUCGGGCGCGGGGCUCGGGGGCUGUGGGCGGCGAGCAGCAGGACGACCAGGGGCUGUGGGCGGCAGAUCAGAUCUCCGCGUUUCUGCUCUGUUCCUCUGCACUUCCACUCCCUCCUGCAUAUACGAACUCCUCCCUUGUUUCAAAGUCGCAGGAGUAAAACGACAGAGCUAAAACGAAAAAAAAAACAAGGACCAAAACCACGAUUUUGCUACAAAACGGGGCAUGAAUUCUUAAGCCCCAAAUGUUUAAUCCAUACCCAUCCUAGUACGUUCGGUAACACGACUGAGAUUCCCUUCGUUUCUUUCAACUUUGUCCAGAGUGAUACUAGCUAAGAUGCGGAUGCAGGAAGCUGCCCCCUUACCUCAGCUUUUUUUAGCUAGCUAAACACUGAUCCCAUCAAAAUUGACAGCAAGAUUGCUCACAUUGGGGGACUGCUACUGUGAAGAUGAGGCAAAAGCAAUGGUUCAGAAGAUGCUUAAUCUUGUUGAAGUUGUUGGAGAAGGCAUCCUAGGACAAGCUCUAGUAAGCGGAGAGUGUCAAUGGAUUUACGACGAUACUUGCCACGCGUUGAAUCAGAUAAGCCAUGCUGAUAACGGAGAUUUACAUCAGGGUUAUACUUGGUGGCAGCAUCAGUUUCUCAGUGGGAUGAAGACUAUUGCAGUGUUACCUCUUCAGUUGCAUGGACUGGUGCAAUUUGGUUCCACACGGAAGGUUCCCAGGAGCUCAGUUUUUUUGAAUCAGGUCAGAGAUAUAUUUGAUCGGAUGAAGAAUGCUUCAAGCGAUGGUCCAAUGGAGUAUACCCAGAAUAACUCUCUUGCAUGCGGUCAGCAACCUAUCCUUACUUCAUCGAGACCUGUCAAUGACAUGCUCGUACAUAACAAGGUCAACCCAUUGCAAACUGAGAAACUUUUGGAGGAUAUCGAGAGAACAGAAUCUAUAAGGAGUUCGAUCUGUUCUCCAAGCAAUUCACAAAGAUCUUUAAAUGAUCUAACCUCCCAUGGUACUGGUAACAGCAGCAUGGAUACUAAUAUAUUAGCCAUGCCUGUUAACUCCAAGUCUAUAUAUGAUCUCAAACGAUUUGAUAACGUCACAGAGUUGUUUCAUCGAAGUUCUAAUGACAGAAUUGGUUUUCAAGUCAGCUCUAGUAAAGAGCCUGAUUCUACCAUUGCUGGUGUAAUGUCAGAAUACAAAAGUUUGAACAAUAUUCAUAUGACAGAAAAUGAUUCAUGUGGUCAAAACAUAGGAUAUACCCCGUACCUUUACACUACCACCAACUCUUCAAAUUCUGGCCUUGAUGAACUUUCUUAUUCUGGCGUUGCUUUGUCGUCAUCGUUUACAGCAGUAUCAGGGAAAGUUAAAGAUUGCCUGCAAACUGAGAGUGACAAGUUUCUAUGUAAAUCUGUAUCAUUCGGCAGCAACCCUUGUGCUUCUAAAUUCCAAGAAAAUCGCCUAUCACCAUACCAUGCCCUCAUGCACGAACAAUCCCUGAUACCUGACCCUGGAGAAUCUGUGAGGCUCCUCUCACAAGAAGAAUCCUUUAUUGUUCAAGGUGACUCAAGUCAAUUCAAGGAUACUGCCGACUUUACAGGCCAGGGUAACAGUACAUUUCCUGAAUUACCUAACAGAUCACCUGAAGAAGCUACUGCUGAAACUCUAGAAAACAACAUGAAGGACUGUAGUGGAAACAACAGUCUGCUGGAAACUAUGAUGCUUGAUCUUAGCACCAACAGCUUUGUGCAAGAUUGGUGGGACAACAGUGUUCUACUGGCAGAAAACCUUCCAAAUUCAAGCGAAAAGGACCCAGAGCCUGCUAUGGAAUUGGCCAAUAGGCAUUCAUUGCCAACUGGGGAGAGAGGCUCGCCUUUCAUACCUGUCAUCGAACAAUUGCUAGGUGAUGUUGCACAUCCACCUACACCUACCGGACAUAGUUCACUUGAGGCUGAAGCUACUGCUUUAGCUGGCCGUGUUUCAGAUUAUCAGCUGCCUCAGUUUGCUUUCCGAGACUGCCUAACAGUAGACAACGCACAAAUCCCAGCAUUGGCCUGCAGUAAUUACACAUGCAGAACUAGAAGUGCACAAAAUGGUUCUUCAGAAGUGCCAUCAGCAAACGUAUCUGUGGACGACACCUGCAGUUUGAACACAGCAAACUCCAAUGGCAGUCAGUCGAGCAAUCCUGAGGGAACGAAGGUUGCUAAGAGAAGAGCUAGAGCUGGGGAGAGUACCCGACCUAGACCAAAAGACCGACAACUGAUACAAGAUCGCGUUAAAGAAUUACGAGAGAUUGUCCCUAAUGGUGCAAAGUGCAGCAUUGAUGCUUUGUUGGAGCGAACAAUUAAGCACAUGCUGUUUCUACAAAGUGUAAACAAAUAUGCAGAGAAAAUUAAGCAAGCUGAUGAACCAAAGAUAAUCGACAAAGGGAGCGGUGUUAUCUUGAAAGACAACCCAGUUGCUGGCACAAAUGGUGGUGCCACGUGGGCCUACGAGGUUGCUGGCCAAACUAUGGUUUGCCCAAUAAUCAUUGAGGAUCUUUCGCCACCUGGUCAGAUGCUUGUUGAGAUGCUUUGCGAGGAACAAGGGCUCUUUCUGGAGAUAGCUGACAACAUACGUGGAAUUGGUCUGACGGUCUUGAAAGGACGGAUGGAGCUCUGUGAUGGCAAGAUAUGGUCGCGGUUUCUUGUCGAGGCAAACAGAGAGGUCACAAGGAUGGAUAUAUUUCUGUCGCUUGUUCAGUUACUGGAACAGAACAGCCUUGUUCGAUCUACUGACCAGAUGGCCAAGGUCAUGAAUAAUGGGGUUCCAUCCUUUGCAAACCACCAACGGUCUCCGCUGCUAGUUCCAGUGGGCAUUCCUGAGAGACUACAGUGACAUGCAGAUGCUUCAACUAGAUAGAGUUAGGUACCACGACUGUUAACAUAUCUGGUAGCCGGAACUCCAUGCAUUAGACUGAGCCUAGUGAUAACAUCUGAAUGAAGAUAGUCUCACUGCUGCUAAAGAUGACUGUAUCAAGAACAUGCAUGACUGGUGCAGACAUGAGCCUCUAGCGCAGAAAUUAUGAACUUUCCCUGAUUAUUAGUGGUGUGAUCAGUGAAAUGGCAUUAUCUCCUGCUUAGUUGGUUGACACCUUGCUCCUGAGUAACUGGGUCUUGAUAGUGGUGUUUCUUAUGCAGCGAUGGCAGUGUAUUAGGGUAGUAGUGCUAGCUUGCAGUUCGUUGCCCCUGAGUCAACCUUGGGCAGUUCGUGGUAGGUUCUUCAUGGGCUUGGGCCCAGGACCGGGCCCCAUGCACGUGCAAUAAGUGCGACUGCACAGGGCUCAAAAUUCUGAGGGGCCAAUAUGUAUCAAUAAGCAGACUAAUAUUACACCAUCUAAGUUGAACUCA